GCUUUACCGGCUGCAAGUAUGUAUUACCGAUGGAUCCUGCUUGCCUUUUCCACCAAAAUUCCAUACUUCGCCUACUACCACCACCUCAGUCUUCCUGCGCUGCUUUACGACCGCCAACUCAUCGACUCGAGUGGCUUGCUUCGCCUCGACACUUUCGGUUAGGCACGCUGCAGCUUCCAUCUGCCUUGCCAAUCAUGGAAGAAUCCCAGGAUUUUGGGUGAGCUUUUUUUUUUAGACUUUGCUAACAAAAAGGGCGUGCUGCCCGAAAUUGUAGCCUUGCCUACUUUCUGCAAGAUGGCCCAACACUCCAGCGGUUGCAAGCGAACCGCAUACCUCAAGGAACUCAGCCCGCAGCCCUUGAUACCGUCGAUACCGACUUGAACCUGUGCGAUCAUGGCAUGCUUUCCGACACGAGGUUACCAUACGAUCCUCGUGUUGACUGGUGCGGAUUCGGGAUGCCACUCCCGCAAGAUCAGGGUCUUGGCGUCUUCAACACUAGUACUACACCGAUGUAUACGGUAAACGGUAUGACUGCUGUCGGCGCUGGUAUCUCAUCUACUGGUACCAUGAUACAACAGGCAACGUCGCAACCUUGGGAUAAAAGAUGCAUCAUACUUUCCUGUGAGUUCCGUUACACCUCACAGUGGCAAUGCAAGGAACACAUGCGGGCUAUGCAUCAGGAUGCCUUUACAUGCGAACAAUGCAUGUAUGUAGGCACGAGCCAUUACGAGUUAGGACUGCAUGCUUCCGACACAGGGCAUGCUUCUUUCAUCUGCAAGCAUGACGACUGCGAGAAAAGGUUCUCCAGACUGGACACAUACCAGAGGCAUGAAAGAACUCAUCGAGAGGACGCUAAGCGUUUCCCAUGCAUGCAUUGCAGGAAAUAUCAAGGAAAGAAUGGCUUCAAGCGCAAAGACCACCUCACUCAACACCUACGAAACUAUCAUCAUAUCGGCGAAGACAAACAGGUCGGACACUUACGUGACCGCAAGUGGUGUCCAAAGAAAGAGUGUACUGAGUCGAGACCUGCUAGCGUAGCCUUCUGGGAAGAAGGUGUCUUCAGGGAGUCAAAGGAAUGGGUCAAGCACGUGCGCACUGUGCAUGACGAAUCUGAGUUCUCCUGCCCACAGGCUGGCUGCGACCGUGUCAACGGAAAAGGCUACUUCCGUCCAGCAGACCUCCGGGUCCAUCUACGCAAAGUCCAUGGCACAGAUGGCUCUUUCGACCAGAGUAUUUGGCAUAACCUCUGGCAGUAAUUCAACCCUAGUCACCUAUCCACGGCAUCGAUCGGACGCAUAUUAAAUAUGCACUAUGGCUCCUCACUACGGAACCAUGACACGGGAUUCCUUUCAUCAUUUCCUUCCUGGCGCCACAUAACCACCAAAAACACUUGAAAAGAAGAGGAGGCAAGCACACGAACAUCUCUCUCUGGAAAGCACAAAAUUCAUGUAACGACGCUCACGCAAUCCCGUUAUUUCCUUUCGAACACACACCGACAGUAACAAGUAACAUCAUCCAUCUACCCCUCGUAUCUCCUUACAUACACUGAAUACAAUCUGUCUUUCCUUAGAAACACCACUAUGCGCAAGAUGACCAAUAUGAACGCGCACGUCACUGCGAGCGUUACCGUGACCUCACUCACUCACGUACGCAUACAAGACACUCUAUCCCAUGGCUGUCAAUAGCUGCGCAAUCUGCCCUUCGUCUCACCAUGACAUGCACGUCGACGAGCCAGUCACAAAACCU